AUGUUCGGUUAUCGAGUUAUCAAGUGCUCGAUGGAAAAAACCCGUGAACCAAUGUUUAUUGUGGGAUGUUUUUUCAUUGUUUUAUACUAUUUAUCCUCUAAUGUUCAUGGACAAGUUGAUCCACAAAAUCGUAUUGAUUGUUAUCCAGAAGCUUCUGGUACACCGCUGAGUAAUUAUAGUAAAGAAGCGUGUUUAAGUCGACAUUGUCUGUACGAUGAAAAUGCAUAUGGUCAUGGAAUUCCUCAAUGUUAUUAUGCACCCAAUUAUGGUUACAUAUUACAAGAAAGCCAACCAGAGCAAACUUCAAAUGGCAUGAGAUUUAAAUUGAAACGAAACACUGCUGUACAAAGUCCAUUUCAAGAGCCAAUUGAGAAUGUUUUACUCGAUGUAGAAUAUUAUACCAAUGAGAUUUUACAUUUUAAGUUGUAUGAUGCGGAUAAAGCACGUUACGAAGUUCCGAUUCCAUUGCGUCCAUCAUCGGGCAAAGCUCAAUCACCACAAUAUGAAUUUAUUGAAUCAUCAGAUGCGUCAUUAGAUAAUAUAUUUUCAUUUGUUAUUAAACGUCGUUCAACAUCUCAAAAUCUUUUUGAUACAUCACUUGGCGGUCUUGUAUUAAAUAAUCAAUUUUUACAAAUAGUUACACGUCUUCAAUCAUCGAAUGUAUACGGUUUUGGUGAAAAUAAUCAUGAUACAUUAAAACAUAAUUUACAAUAUACAUCAUGGGGUAUUUUUGCAAGAGAUCAGGGAACAAAUUGGUUGACAAAUACAAAUCAUUAUGGUCAACAUCCAUUUUAUUUGGUUAUGGAACAACAAAAAAACACUCGAUCACCAUCAGGCAAUAUGCACGGAGUUUUACUACUUAACUCAAAUGCUAUGGAUUAUUCAUUUACACCUUCACCAUCAUUGACAAUGAGAACAAUUGGAGGAAUUUUAGAUUUUUAUGUUUUCAUGGGACCAGAACCCGAAACGGUCGUUCAACAAUAUACAUGGCUUGUUGGACGAUCAAUAUUACCACCAUACUGGUCAUUAGGCUUUCAGUUAUCGCGUUGGGAUUAUUCGAACAUAACCCACAUGAAAAACAUUGUUCAACGUAAUUUAGAUAAAGGGAUUCCCUUAGAUGUGCAAUAUGCCGACAUUGAUUAUAUGGAUGCUGAAAAAGACUUUACAGUGGAUCCAAUUAAUUUUAAAGGUUUAAAAGAAUAUUUUAAUGAAUUAAAAACAAAAGGAAUACACACAAUAGUAAUCCUCGAUCCCGGAGUUAUUGACGAAGCAGAUUAUCAACCGACAAUAACCGGAAAAGAGCAAAAUGUGUUCAUUAAAUGGGAUAAUGGAACAGAUAUGAAAGGAGCCUGCUGGCCAGGCGAGGUGUAUUUUCCCGAUUAUUUCUUAGAGCGAACGCAAAAGUGGUGGGCAAAAUGGAUAACAGAUUUUAGAAAUGUGAAUUUAACAUUUGACGGACUUUGGAUUGAUAUGAAUGAACCGGGUAAAUUUAUCUAUUGCAGUAAUUAUACAUUGAAAUGUCCUGUUAAUCAAUAUGAUGAUCCACCUUAUCGAACAAAAGCUAUCUAUCGAUUCGAUAAAGAAAAUGAGAAACCAAAACGAUUAUCCGAUCGAACAUUGUGUAUGGCUGCACAUCAGGGUGAUCCUGAUAACGGCGGAGAACCACAAUAUCGACAUUAUGAUGUUCAUGGUUUAUAUGGUUGGAGUCAAACAAAGCCAACACUGGACACCAUGCGAGCGAUAACAGGAAAACGUAGUCUUGUAUUGCCACGUUCAACGUUUGUUGGUUCGGGCCAAUGGUCUGGUCAUUGGGGAAAAGCAAAGGGUGAAAGUGAUAAUGAGGCAACGUGGCAUGAAAUGAAACGUUCAUUAAUUGGAAUGGUUGAAUUCAACUGGUUUGGUAUUCCAUUCAAUGGAGCUGAUAUAUGCGGCUUUUCUGAGACACCAUCAGAAGAAAUGUGUAUACGUUGGAUGCAAGUCGGUGCAUUUUAUCCAUUUUCACGUAAUCACAACGUAUGGAAAACGGAAGAUCAAGAUCCUGCUCACUGGAGUGAUAUGGCUGUAGGAAUAAUGGUGAAAGCAUUAAAAAUUCGUUAUACACUAUUACCAUAUUAUUAUACAUUAUUCUUUAAAGCGCAUACGCGCGGUUCUACUGUUAUUCGUCCACUCUUUCACGAGUAUCCACAAGAUCAAAUAACGACAGAUAUAUUUUUACAGUUUCUUAUUGGUCCAGGUAUCAUGAUAGCACCAGUCACUGAUGAUAAUGCGCGAGAAAUCAGUGUAUAUAUUCCAUCGUCACAUUGGUAUGAUUUUUAUACAGGUAAAAGAAUGAACAUGUUGAAUCAAUGGGUAAAAAUUCAAGCUCCACUAGAUACAAUUCCAAUAUUUUUACGUGGUGGUUAUAUCAUUCCAACACAAGAAUUUGCAAAUAAUACGGUUUAUUCACGUAAAAAACCAUUUGGAUUAACAAUUGUUUUAAAUUCAAAAGGAAAUGCUGAAGGUGAUUUAUUUUAUGAUGAUGGUGAUUCAAUUACCUCAGUUGAAGCACACCAAUAUUAUUAUGCACAAUUCAAAUGGGUACAAACAGAAAUGAAAUUAACCAUUAAUGUUGUUGAAAAUAAUUAUGGAUCUAUGGAACAGUUAAUAUUAGAUUCAUUAACAAUUUAUGGAUUAGACAAUAUACCAUCAUCGUUCGUUAUUGAUGGAAAACAACCUGUCACAAAUUUUCAUAUGAAACCAAAUACACAAAUAUUGGAAUUAACUGGACUCAAUAUGAAAAUGACAACAAACCAUACAGUAACAUGGUCUGGAUCGGGAAUUAUUCUAGUUGAACAGCCAGAUGAUAUUGCAACAAAACCUGAGUACAGAGUUGACUGUUAUCCAGAUCCAAAUGCUGAUGCUAAUAAAUGUCGUGGAAGAGGCUGUGAAUGGGAUCCACCAACUAUAACUGGUGUUCCUGCAUGUUAUGUUCCAAAAUCAAAAGGUGGUUAUCAACUUAUCGAUCAAGAGGCAAUUGAACAAUAUGGUACUCAAUAUAAAUUACAACGUUUAUCAACAAAACCCUUACAUAAGAUGGCAGCACGUCGUCCACCAAACUAUCGUAUUGACAAUCGUGUACAAGAACAACAAUCAGAAGCUCCUGUUAGAAAUUUAAUCGAGACAAAAGACUCCGAAUUUAGUUUAUUUGGUAAUGACGUCGAUAAUUUAAGAUUACAAAUGACAACAUCAGGAACAGAUAUGAUUCGUUUGAAAAUUGUUGAUUUGGAUCAUCAACGUUAUGAAGUACCCAUUCCCAUAACUUGGAAUCCGUGGUCCACUGCUGCUAGUAUAGCUCAACAAAAAAUUAAAUUUCAAUUAACACAAACGCAAUACAAACAGCUUGGUUUUCAAAUUGUGAGAACAGAUACUAAAUCAGUUCUAUUUGAUACAUCGUAUUUUGCUGAGGGUUUCAUUUAUGAUGACAAAUAUUUACAAUUCAUGACAACGAUUCCGUCAAGAAAUGUUUACGGUAUGGGUGAAAAUACUCAUCCAACAUUUCGACAUGUGUUAAAUUCCGGUGUUCGAUAUGGAGUAUUUGCACGUGAUCAACCGCCCGCAGGUUCAAAUGAAAAUUUAUACGGUACCCAGCCAUUUUAUAUGGUCGUAGAAAAUGAUGGAAAUGCUUUUGGUGUUCUUAUCUACAAUUCAAAUGCUCAAGAUUAUAAAUUUAGUGAAUAUGAACAGGAUCAAUCACUGUUGACUUAUCGUACAAUUGGAGGAAUUUUAGAUCUCUUCUUUUUUGCUGGACCAACUCCUGAAGCUGUGAUUCGACAAUAUCAACAACUUAUUGGUUUUCCGUAUAUGCCACCAUAUUGGGCUUUAGGAUUUCAGUUGUGUCGAUAUGGAUAUGACACAUUAGAAAAUAUGAAAGCAGCCAUGAACAGAACAGUUUCAAACGGAAUUCCACUCGAUAUAAUGUAUGGCGAUAUUGAUUAUUUUGAAAAUCAACUUGACUUUACAUGGGAUCCAAUUCGUUUCAAAGAUUUACCCAAAUUUGUUGAUUCAUUACAUGAUCAAGGAAUGAAAUUUAUUACAAUAUUAGAUCCAGCUAUUGAUUCAGAACAAGAAAAUUAUCCACCAUAUUCAAACGGACAAGCCAAAGAUAUCUGGGUGAAAUGGCCAAAGGAUAAAAAUCUCCAAUUUAAUGAAACAGGAAAUCGUAAUAUGCUCGGUUACGUAUGGCCACUUGGAAAAACUGUAUUUCCCGAUUACUUUAAUCCUGCUGCUAUAGCCUGGUGGAAGUCUGAAAUUUUAAAUUAUCAUCAAAAACUGAAAUUUGACGGUUUAUGGAUUGAUAUGAAUGAACCGGCUAAUUUUGAUACAAAUAAACUGCAGCCAUGGAAUUGGAAUAGACCUGAACCAUGGAAUCUUCACUGUCCUGAUGAUGAAGAAUGGGAUAAUCCUCCGUAUAAAACUGCAUUACAUGGUGAUCGUAUAUCUGAUAAAACGCUGUGUAUGAUUGCUGAACAUACUGAUGGUUCUCGAAUCUUUCGUCAUUACGAUGUUCAUAAUUUAUAUGGAUUGACAGAAACUAUAGCUACACUUCCAGCUGCACAAGCUUUAGAAAAUAAACGUUCAAUUGUCGUUAGUCGUUCAACAUUUCCAACAUCAGGUGCAAUUAGUGGUCAUUGGUUAGGCGAUAAUUCAGCUUUAUGGUCACACGUUAAAUAUAACAUUAUCGGCAUGUUAGAAUUUAAUCUAUUUGGUAUACCGUAUGUAGGUGCAGAUAUCUGUGGAUUUGAAGGUGCUACAACUGAGCAAUUAUGUCAGAGAUGGAUGCAGUUGGGUGCAUUUAAUCCAUUUUUUCGUAACCACAAUGGUAUAAAAUAUCCGGAUCAAGAUCCAGGUAUAUUUUCUGCACCCGUUGUUGCAUCCAAUCGUAAAGCAGUCGAGCUACGUUAUACAUUAAAUCCAUUUUUAUACUCAUUAUUUCAUCGUGUCCAUAUUUCUGGUGGCACAGUUGUUCGCAGUAUGGCACAUGAAUUUUCAAAAGAUAGUCAAUGUUGGGCGUUGGAUGAACAAUUUCUAUGGGGUAGUUCUUUAUUAAUCGCUCCGGUUGUUUAUGAGAAUAAAAUUGAAAAGACAGUAUACUUUUCCGGUUUAAAUUCAACAGAAAGAUGGUAUGAUUAUUAUACGGGUAAAGAGGUGUUUCAAACAACUUCAACAACAUCACUUGUAACCGUACCAGCUGCUUAUGAUUAUUUACCAUUAUUUAUGAGAGGUGGUGCAAUUAUUCCACACCAAAAAUCAGCUAUGAACACCGUUGCCAGUCGUUUACAAUCAAUGUACUUGAAAAUAGCAUUAGAUACUCAACAAAAAGCUAAAGGUGAUUUAUAUUGGGACGAUGGUGAAACUAUAGAUGCCUAUGAAUCGAAUUACUAUUCUUACUUUAUCUUUAACUAUGAGUCAAAUCGUUUAACACUGGAACCAUGGACAUUCAAAUAUACCGAUAUUAAAUUUUUAUUAGAUGAAAUUUAUAUUUAUGGUUUGACACUAAAACCUCAACGAAUAACAUUGAAUAAUCAAGAAAUACCAACAUCAAAAUGGGAAUAUGUAGAAAACAUGCAAACAUUGCAUAUUGAGUCAUUACAAUUGAAUAUGGGUAAAACGCAAAAAUUUGUUUUGACUUAA